AGCUUCCAAGUCAGGAAAAGAAUUUUCGCUAAAAUUCGGGGUGUAUUCCUUAGGUAUCCUUCUGUAAUGAUAUUUUCACGAUAUUCCACUAGUAGUGACAGCAACAGUGAUACAGACGAAGCGGAAGAUGUAAACAAUAACACGAAACAUCGAAUUUUUAGAGCGUCGCUGGCUUUCGUCCCAGAGUUCGGAUGGAGCAAGAAGACAUUGACGUAUGGAGCGGAGGCCGCAGGCUUCCCUCGGCUAGCUCACGGCAUGUUUCCAAAUGGACCGGCUGACCUUAUCAGUUUCUUCUACCAAGAUUGCAAUUCACAACUAGGAGAAAUACUUAAACAGAACGUGGAGCAGCUGACUGAAAAUGGAGAAAAGCCAAAGACGAAAGAGUUUGUCCGUAAUGCUGUUGAAGUCCGCCUAAGAAUGUUAGUGCCUUACAUACACAAAUGGCCUCAAGCGAUGGCGAUUCAGACGCUGCCACAGAAUGCCGUGCAGUCGUGGUCCAAUCUGUCCGACCUUGUGGAUGAGAUCUGGUACCAUGCUGGUGACAGAUCAACAGACUUUAACUGGUACACAAAACGCAUGUCAUUGGCAGCAGUUUACAAGUCCACAGAGAUCACUAUGGUUCAGGAUAAAUCUGAUGACUUUAACCAUACUUGGAGUUUUCUGGAUAGACGACUGGAUAACCUCGUCGAUUUUGGAAACACCCUUCGCAAAGCUCAAGACACAAAUAGUGAUUUCUCUAAUAUAUUCAAAGGAACUUUAAUUAUGGCACAGAAUGUGCUAGGAAUGAACAACAGAUUCCGUUAAUAGCUGGCCCAUACUUGGAAUUGGAUAUUAACAUCUUAUGAAAAUUCAUUUUAAUGUUAGGACACCUGUGUGUACACUCAAUCAGGUUGCUGCUUCGUAAACAAAUAAAGUGCCUGUGCUUAUAAAAGCAUCAUGAGUAUGAAACAAUGAGAAUAAAUUUCAGAGAAGGUCUGCAGCAGCCUGCGGAUGGUCAUGGGUUUUGCCUGGGCUCUGCCGGGUUGCCCACCAUAAUGCUGGCCGCGGUUUAUUAAAACCGCCAGAAUUAAAGAUGGCAAACUGUUCUAGGGGUCACAUAUUCUUACUGCUGUUUGUCUUUAUUUUAAAACCAUAAGUGUGAUACUGAUUAUUCUAUUUUUGGUGAAAUAUUCAUGGUUGCUCAAUUGAUUUUUCUGUUUCAAUUAUGCCCCUAUAUUUUCUGCACAAAUCAGGAAACAGGUGUGGCUUUACAAUAUAUUUUGACAUUACUUUUGAAGGGAAGGGUUCCCUAGUUCAACACCCAUAGAAAUCAAUGUUAUCUAGUGUUUCUUUAGUGUUUACUGAAUAAGCUUUUGAGUUUAUGAACCAUACACGGACUGCACUACAUGUCCCCCCCAAAGGCAGAAAAGGUAGGAAAUAAAUUUAGGCACCGAGAGGAGGAUUUAAAUAUCAGUACAAACAGAUUUUACAGCUUUCACUUUGGGGGGUAAAAAUGGCUUCAGAGUACAGUUUUCUUAAGGCUCCAGUGAUCAGUCUGAAAAUUAAGUAGCUUAGAGCAGUGACAUCAACGAUGAUCCCUGUUUAAAAAAGAACACACCAAACGGAUCUGGCCGAAUGGGGCGGGGGUGUGGGGCCCAGAGAGGUCGCUAAAUGGACCUUAAGAAGCCAUGCAGUAUCUGUGUAUAUGUCACCCUGCCGACACUGUAGCGACACGGUUCACCAGGCUCAGGACACUUCGGGGGUGGUCACAGAGUUCCAAACAAGAUAACAAUGACGUAAUUUCUGAAAAAGUUGGCGUGAAAAAUCUGAGAAAAAAUUCGGUACUUAAAAGAUAUACAAAUACCCUCAAAAUUCCAGGGCAUAAUUUUCUUCAUUUGGAAUACAGACAUAAUCUUUGUUUUCACAGUUCUUUUUCAUGUAUUCUUUAAUGGCUCAUUUCAAGACCAGUUUCAAGCUGUAUUGUAAUGGUUAAAGGAGAAGCAAACUUAAAAUUGUGACAUCAUAGGCUGAAAAGAGCACAUUUUUUUCUAUCUGGUGGUACCUGCUGCAUAAUUUUGCUAUUUUUCCUUGCCAUACACGUAAAGCCUGAAAACGGCAAAGUUAGCAUAAAUCACUGAGUCCAUUGCAUCCUCCAUCUUUAACACCCUGUAAUUUAUGCAGUGGGUGUGUUGCCUCUCAGCCAAUGAGAGUGGUUAAAACUGCCGGCUUGUUCGUGUAAACUCUGAACCUACGUCCAACAUUCCGGUGUCCAGAUCGUCAAGCAGAAA